GUGGAAAUCUAUGGUGGCAAUUAUGGGCAACGAACCCCAAUAAUUAUAUAGAAGAAUUAAAAUAACCUACUCUUUUCCCUGGAAUAGCAAACUGCUACUUUUCACUCGCCUAGCUUAAUACACAAUAAAAACGAACAAGGAUAAAAUCUAGUAAAAUUCAGUGAUCAUUUAUAAAUACUUAAAGAAAUUAGCAACAUUAUUGAUAAUAAUAUAAUAAGAUGUCAGAAGAUGCAGAGCUACAGGCUGAGGAAAUUGAAGUCCUAAAGUCUAUUUAUGAGGGAGAUGACAAUUUCAAACAGGUGGAUUCAAAGACUUAUCAGUAUAAGUAUGUAGAUGGGGAUAAAUCCUUUAUACUAGAGAUCUCAUGGGGGCCAAAUUAUCCAACAGAGAAGCCUAAAUUAAAUAUGGAUAUAUUCUAUAAUCAACACAUAUUACCCAUUGUAAAAGAGAAAACUUUGGAAAUAGUGAAUGUUGAAGCUGAACAAUGGUUAGGUUGUGCCAUGACAUACACUUUGUUCGAGUGUCUCAAAGAAAAAGUGUCAGAACUGUUGGCAGAGCAAACCGAAGAAGUAGUAAUCUCAUCAAGAGUAGAAAAAAUAACUAUUGAAGAUCAGGGCGAAGUGGAAAGUACCAAAAAAGAGAAGAAAGAGCAUUUAACUAAAGCCCAGAAGAGACGCGCGUGGGACAAGGCGGAGGUGGGGCGCGGCGGGGAGAAGCCGCGCGGCUGGGACUGGGUCGACAUCGUCAAGCAUCUGUCCCAGGCACCCCAUCAGCCUACAUCAUGACACUUACAGGAAUAAGUGACUGUACAGAAACGUAGCUUCCAAUGUCACUUGGUAGACUUUAAUGAAGUGGAAACGUUACGUGAUGACCAUCCGCCGUUACAACACAUACAGACAAGUGUCAAAUAUGAGUUGAAAUAUAUAGUAUCUAUGGUAGAUUUUAAAUUGUAAUAAAAUUUCAAAAGAUUAUUGGUUUCUUGGAUGUAUGUAAAAAUAGUUUUCUUUAUUUCUUAUUAUCUUUGUAGCCACUAUUUGGAAGAUAAAGACAUCAACUUAACAAAGAAGAGAAUAGUUUACUAACAUACUUCAAUAAGUAUAUCCGGCUCGAAGGACCAUUUUGUGUAUGCUUUUUCUAAAUUAAAUUUGAAAAUCUAUAUUUAUUAUUCACAAUAUUUAUGCUUUCGACAUGUUUUUUUUAAUUACAUCAGCUAUGUCAGUAACGGUAUAAUCGCAAAUCAAACAUUAUUGUGAUUUAUUUGCAAUAAAUAAUAAUUGUGUCCAUAAGAAGAAAGAUGUGGUAUAUUAUGUAUGAAAUAAAAUGAUAUUAUUUUUA